AUGCCGAUGGCGCUGAUGAGAUCCAUCCAGGCGGAGUCCCCACUAAGGGAAAGGGAGAUCACGUCGACGCCAUCGUAUAUGGCGGCGUCGAAGCCCGCCAUGACGUCCGAGUCCUCGAAGAUGUCGCCGUGGCCGACCUUGUACGCCGCGACCCUGGCCCCGGGGGCGCCGCCCUUGGCGGUUCCGUUCAUGACGCCGAAGAGGCUGACGUUGGGGACGAAGCUGCCGCCGGCCGUGGAGAGCGUGUGCGUUCCGUGGCCGUCGAAGUCGCGGGGGCUACUAAACUCGUCGCCUGAAUAA